AUGCCUUUCCCACCCCUCCAGCCCCCACAGGCCUACCCUACCCCCACCCCACCCCCGGGAGGGUUGUUUGGUCAUUUAUUUACCCUCUCCCAUCCCCAAACAAAUCUCUAUGGCCCCAGCAUCCCCGGCAAACUCACCCCAGCAUCCCCGGAAAACCUGACUGCUCAAACACAGUCUGGACAUCUUAUAGAAGUGGAUUAUGAUCAUGGCGAGUCGUCAACGGCAAUAUCCCUGCAGGAUACCGCAUCUCAGAUCGGCCUUGAGUGGGAACGACCUUCCAAUCACAGACCAAUGAGGAUCAGUCCCAAUCCAAACCAGAGAUCCAAUGUGUUGGAUCUUGUAUUCUUAGCUCCAUCUGAGAUCCUAAUCUCGAUGCCCAGAUUGGAGCACGAUCUCCAGGGUCUGUCAGAUCAUGUCCCGAUCUGCACGGAUCUUGAUAUUGGUCCCGAACCACCUGGAUCUGGGCGACGGACAAUUAAACCUGGAAGUGAGGCUGAGAAGUCUUUCAUUUCGGACAUCCUCCGGGAUCUUGCGGCUAUUCCUGUCGCGGCCCCGGCAACCAAGGACAGCGUUGAAGCUUUAGCCGAUGCUAUCGUGACAGGGUUUUUGGACAUGUGGCUUGUCCAUUCGACCGCAUCCAAACCUACCAAGUGGUCCAAAUCCUGGUGGACAGACGAGUGUUUGGAAGCAUUCGGAGUAUAUCAGUUGAGCUGCACACUCGCUGAUUACAACAAGUUCAAGAAGGUGUGUAAAGACGCCAAGCGUGACUUCUUUGAUGAGCACAUCGCAGAAAUCGCUACUUCUCACAAGCGCCCGUGGGACCUAAUGGAAUGGGUCAAGCAGCGCAAGCUACCCCCCUGUGAGGCUAUUCGCAAUGGCAACCAGCCUUGCCAUGAUAUGGACGACCUCUGGGACACCCUGCACGGCACAUACAACUCAGCCUGGGGUCGCGAGUACGAUGCCUCAGUCUUAGAUGAGCUUCCUGAUGAGCCAGUCCGUGAGUGGGCUGACUUUUCGGAGCAUGAGUUGUUGAGUGCCCUUAAGGGGUGCUCCAACUCCUCUGCGCCAGGACCGGACCAUGUUACGUGGGUCCACCUAAAGGAGUUGCUCAAGGAUAAACAUGUCCUUGCGCUCUUCAUCGUGUUGGCCAAUGCUUGCCUUCAGGUAGGGCAUUGGCCGCGUAUAUUUAAGGAGUUGCUCUCAGUUAUCAUACCGAAACUGAAUAAGCCCUCCUAUGCAGUCCCAAAGGCCUUCAGGCCUAUAGCACUCCUCAUCACUUUUGUCAAACAUGAUAUCUUCCAUCCAAACCAGCUCAGUGGUAUCCGCCAGAGGUCAACUGAGGAUGCUGGAUUGAUUCUGACUCAUCUCAUGCAAGCGGAGUGGGUUAAGGGUCUCCAGACUAGCACGCUGGCUUUUGACAUCAUGCAGUUCUUCCCCUCUAUCAACCAUGAAAUGUUCAUGGCUGUUUACUGUUGGAACACCUUCCAAUCUGACCCAUGCUCUGCGGGGGUGGGUGUCAGGCAGGGCUCAGCUCUCUCGCCUGUUAUCUCAGGGCUCUUCAUUGCUCCAGUGAUGAAGCUCUUCUACAUCAAAGCAGCGCCGCUCAACACGACGCUCCUCUCCUUUGUGGAUGAUGGGGCCAUUUUGGCCCAAUCCAAACAGCUUGAUGAUAAUAAUGUGGGCCUGCGUAAGGCCUACAAAAUUAUCUACCUCCUCUUUGUUGCCUUCACACUUGUUCUUGAGCACGACAAGACUGAGCUGUUCCACUUCUCAUGUCGUCAAGACGCCUACAAUCCCUCGCUGGAUUUGGGGUAUGCCCCACAUACCAGUGCUAUGCCUUUGAAGCCCAAGACCUAUUGGAGGUACCUGGGUUUCUACUUCGACCGCAGGCUCACGUUUCAUGAGCACAUUCACUACUAUGCCACCAAGGCAUUUACCACUGUGCAGGCUAUGCACAUGCUUGGAAACUCCACUAGAGGUCUCUUGCCUAAACAGCGGCACCUCCUUUAUAGAUCAUGUGUGGUUCCCAUUGCCACAUACGGUUAUUGUCUCUGGUACUUCGAUGGCGCCUGUAAUAAGGGUACCAUGAACCAGCUCAAACGGAUGCAGCGGAAAGCUGCUCUAUGGAUUACGGGUGCAUUUCACACCUCACCCACAGGUGGUCUUGAGGCCCUGGCAGGUCUCAUUCCCUUCCACCUUAUGCUGAAGAAGCUGGCAACACGCACCGUGUAUUGCAUUGCUACCCUCUCAGACACUCACCCUCUUUGCUCCAUGAUGGGUGAGAGACUCCUCAGAUGGGCAGCACCUCAUGCCUGCUCUGCCGUGUUGAUGACCCCGGCUAUGCGGAGGAAAGUCAAGAGCACUGUCAUGGAGGUGGAUGAGCGUGUCCACACCUUAACUGAGAGCUUGGAGCCCUUUGCGCCUGAAGCUCGCCCAGGCGAUCAGCUACUGGACCGCUAUGCGGACCGUCUCCACUUUGACGAGCAUGAUCCUACCCAGGAUAGGCGCCCGUAUCUCGACGAGCUCAUCGCAAAUGCAAGGGCCAAUCCACUAACUGUACUAGCUGCAGCUGACGGCUCUGUCCCUCAGUCUAACCAGUACCAGGCGACUUCGGCUGCUAUAAUCUAUAAGGGACAUUGUGAGCUUGAAAGGACUCGCUAUGUCUCUGGCACGGUUACCGCCCUGGAUGCGGACCUCAAUGCCAUCAUGUGUGCAGUAUGCCUUGCUGUCAAGCAGGCAAACUGCCAGCAUAUUAUGGUCUUCACUGACUCUAUGGGCUCAGCCCACAGAGUGGUGGACCCUUCCCACACCUUGUCUGACCUCCCACCAAGAGGUCAGGGCAUGAGGCCCCCUGGGGCGGUUCCUAGGAGCCGUUGUGGGGGGGGCUCGGGCUCCACACCACCAGCCAUACCACCAUCAGUCGCUGGCUCAUCAUCCCUGGGCGGUGAUGCCUUGCCAAUCUCGCCCGACCCUACUUCGACUAGGGCCACAUACUCAACAAUCGUUCCGUCUCAAUCUCGCAACAUGUCACCUUGCUGCAGGUCCCAUUCCACCACGGGUUCCACCCAUUUGUCCGAAUACGAGUCUGACUCAGGGACGGCCCAACCACACCAGGAGAUGGAGGUGGAGGGUGAUCAGGGAGGGGAGGAGGUCUUGCGGGACCCCUCCAUUGACCUUCUCUUAGGUCAAUACGCCUUGAAGUUCCGAGACACAGUCAAGGAUCUUCCUGGCGAUCUCGAGGUAUUGACCACCUCCAUUGCGAAGGCCACAGACUGGGUUCUGCAGGCUGCGCACCACAAUCCACUCUCCAUCGAUGGGGGUGAUGUCUUUGCAGCUCAGAUGAUGGCCUUCGUGAGCGCCAUCAUGAGCACGGACUUUGGCAGGAUUUGCGGACAAGGCGAUCUUGCAGAAAUCUCCCUUGCCUCCAUGCUCGAGGCUGAGACAUCCUCCAGGGAAGAUCCGACUAUCCACCCGACCCCUGUCUUCCGUCUGCCCCCCAUCAUUGAUGAUGGUGUUGAGGGCAACGUCCCCAUGCAGGCAUUGGACGACAUUGGUUGCCUGGCCUCCCCUCCUCGCAUCCCCGCUUCCAAGAAGCGCAAGGGUGUUGAUCGUCUGGUUCCACCUUCUCCUCAGAAGAAGAGCAAGGUGGCCUACUCUUGCCCUGGUCCGCCUCCGCCAAUCAAUCACGCUACCAAACCCAAGCCUCGUCCGAUGACGUGGGCAGGGAUUGCUCGUCAGGCCGCUCCAAUGCCUCCCCUGCCUCCUGGCUUGGGACCGCAAUGUCACAGGCCUUCUCCUCCCCCUGCAUUCCCAAUGGGCCUGAUGAAGACUUCGCCUCAUCGGUCCGUUCCUUCUUUCACUUCCGAGGGCCCCACCCAGAAGCAAGUUCUCGUGUCAUUCGGGGGUACCCCUCCUGACCUCAUGAAAUUCUUCACCAAGUCGGCUGUCCAUGCAGCCAACGGGUACCUCAGGUAUGGACGAUCUAUGUUGAAGGUCACCUCCAUCAUCUGCGCCUAUGACGGCUUCUUUAUUUGUGAGAGCCUCCCAAUGGGUACCCCGUUCAAGGUCGCGCUCCCCUCAUCGACAUCUUUCAUUAAGAUCCUUGACGUUCCCUACUUUGACCCCAAAGGGCUGAAGAUCACCCAGGAGGCGCUUGAAAAGGCCCUCCGUACCUCAGUUCAUGCUGAGGUCUUUGCAUAUCUGAGCACCAAGCCUCGGAUAGAUCACAACUCAGCGCACUCGACAUCGUGCACCAUCUACUGCAAUCUCUGGGACUCCCAGCAGGGAACCCGUGCCAAGAAGGCCUUAGGCCAACCGAUCUUCCUUGCUGGGCGCUCCUGCGCAAUCAGGCCCACUGCACGACACACCGGGGUCCCACUCUGCCAGCGCUGCUGGAAGUGGGGCCACCCCACCGUCACCUGCAAGGCGAAACAACUCUCCUGCCCAAUCUGUUCAGGUCUGCAUGAGCAGAAGGAGCACCGUCAACAUGCAGGAUGUUGCAAGGGGAACGCGAAAGCAAAGCCCCCUGUGCCACCCACCCCUCGUGACCAGCCCUGCCCCCACAAAGGCCGCUGUGUCAAUUGCCACAAGGACCAUGCUGCCAACUUGGCAUUGUACUAA